AUGACGCGCUUCAUCUCAUUCCUGGCCGUCUCUGCGCUGGCCCUGCUCGCCACGGCACAAGAUGCGCCGACCAAGCCCGCAGUCGACAAGAGCUACAACCGCAACAACAUCAACCAAGGGCUGGGCAAGCACCUAGAAGGCACGCGACAGGAGCCCAACGUCACCGAGUGGGAAAACAAGGCCGUGUGGCCGGAGGGGUGCCGGGUGGAAGCCGAGGCGGCCGAGCUCAAGGCCGAGGACUUUAGGGUCUACGAGGUCCGGUACGGCGACUGCGACGAGCCGUGGCACAUGUGCGUGCACGACGAGGCCGGGUCCAGCAAGGAGCACCUGGCCGAGCAGUUUGGCAGGAUCCCCAUCGGCAUGCGGGCCUACGUGAGGAACCUCGUGGCGCAGCCCCAGCACUUUGAGAAGAAGACCAUCACGGCGCACUUUAGGUCCACGGGGGACAUGACGACGUUUGUCAAGGUUGAGCUGGCUACUUUGGUUCAUGAAAUCGGUCAUGCGCUAGACUUCCUCGCCCUCAAGGACAAGAUGACCCGAGACGGCAAAAAGGUCUCGUCGUUCAGCAAGACAAAGCUGUGGCAGGACGCGGUCGGCAAGGACAGCAACGUGCCGACCGAGUACUCGCGCAAGUCGUGGGUCGAGAACUUUGCCGAGACGGUCAUCAUGGCGACCUUUGACCAGAACGUCCCCGACGCACGCAGCAAGGACGUCGGACCCUGGCCCGACAGCCAAAAGUGGGACCUGUUCGAGGAGCAGCUCAGGACGGUCGUGGCCAAUGUCGGCGGUGAGAUCACGCCCAACAACGAGGCAAAGUGCAAGAACCGCCUGCAGAACAGCAAGGUCGUGCCCAAGAACGCCAGGACGCCAAAGAGGGAGCUGGGGCUGAAGCCUGAUCUCAGGAUCCGAGACGUGUCCAUCAACGUCAUCGAGGGAGAUUCGGCAAAGGACGCUGUUGUCGUGGAUGGAUGCGAUCAUAAUCACUGA